CACCAGUCUACAGUUACACCAACUCCUUGUAUCCCUCAAUCCUAUCAUACAGUUGCAACAAUGCCCCUAGACACAAUCUAUCUCACCCGCCACGGUCACCGUCUAAACUGGACAAUCGACUACAAAACCGGGACCUACCACUCCCAAUUUCCCACUCCUACCGGCAACCCAGCUGACCCAACUCUAACCUCGCACGGCGUGCGCCAAUCCCAUGAACUCGCUGCCCAUUUCACCAGCGAUAAGAUCUCCCCGAAGCCGUUCCGCGUCUACUGCAGUCCGUUCUAUCGAUGUCUCCAGACUAUUCAGCCCGCUGUAGAGGCGUUGCAGAAGCAGCAACAAGAGCUAUUGUAUGAGCAAGCUGGAACUGAUCGUAGCAAUGAUCCUUCCAUUAUCGAUAAGCAGGCUGACUUGGUUGUCCGUGUUGAACCCGGAUUGGGAGAAUGGUUCGGCCCAACAACCUUCUUCCACCACCCCUCCCCCGCCCCCCUCUCC